AUGCUCUGUCUCCGCUGCAGUGCCUUGCCCUCCGCUCUUCGGAUGUUCGCUUCGUCUGCCCUGACUCGGCCUUCUUUGUCCCCUCUUUCGUCUCCUCUCCGCUCUCUAACUGCUACCAACAUUCCUUCGAUACACGCACAGCCACCCAGUCUCGCUUCCCUCCGUCCGCUGUUCCCCAACCACAACGGCACUACAUCCGCCCUUCAAACCCGUUCGUUCUCUGCUAGUGCUUCUCUCGGUGUAAAGCGUGAUACCUACAACCCUUCGCGACGGGUUCAGAAGCGACGCCAUGGGUUCCUGGCGCGGUUGCGGUCGCGUGGAGGCAGAAAGAUUUUGAUGCGUCGGAGAGCCAAGGGCAGGAAGAAUAUGAGUUGGUAG